AUGGCGGCCGUGCAAUCCACCUCAAAAAUCCGUAAGCCGUCCUUCGUCGAGGUUCAGGGGGUCCUUGCCCCGUGGAACUGCGACGUAAGCCAUGUCCUCUUUGCCAUUAUGUACCGUCCUUACCCUGGAGACGUCAUUGUCGCCUCGUACCCCAGAUGUGGUGGCAUCUGGGUCAGCUUGCUGCUCUAUAUGCUUACACACGACGCCAAACAACCGGAGGACCAGAAGGCCUUCUUCCAGGACUGCCUCUUCCUCGAAGAGCUGGGCCGGAAGGUUGAAGACGUGGCACCGCCGCGAAAACUCCAGACGCACUUGCCCGCCAAGAAACUGAGGCUGAGUUCCGCUGCAAAGUACAUCUACGUUGUCCGAAGCUACAAGGACUGUUGCGUGUCCCUGUACGACUUCAUGAUCACCAAGGCCGCUGACUACAGGUUCAAGGACGGCACCUUCGACGAGUACUUUCAGAGUUUCAUCGACGGUACCAUGGAAAACAAUGACUACUUCGACCACCUCGUCUCUUGGUGGGCGCACAAGAACGACCCCAACUUUUUUUUCGUCCUCUUGGAAAACCUGAAGAACAACUUCGAGAAGUGCGUCGUGGAGAUGGCCGAGUUUCUGGAGGGACGAGCGGCGAGGCUGGUACGAGACGCCGAAAAGCUGAAGAGAAUCGUCGAUCUGGGCACCUUCGACUGCUCCAAGCUGGAACGAGACAGAGGGCUGGACUUUUUAAAGGAAGGCGACUGCUUCAUGAACUGCGUUAGUUGUGUCGACGAAUACUGGAAGGCAAGACUGACGGAGAAACAGUCCGAAAGUCUCGACCUCAAGUUUUACGAGAAGACCAUGGGAACACCACUCGAAGAGCUCUUUCGAAAGAGCUCUUGA